AUGGCUCUGGCGACGCUGCUAUCAGCCAUCAUCCCAAUUGUCCUGCUCGUCCCGACCACCGAAGUCCUCCUCACAUCGCGCGACAAAGAAUCAAACACCUCGUACAUCGACCUCAGCGGCUCUGAAGACUUCCUUGCAAGCCAUGUGCUGCGCGUCCCGGGUGGAGUGGGGCCGAACAAUCAUGUCAAGGACUCUGGUAGUUUCAGGGAGACGCGGGGGAAGGCGAAGCAGUUUACAACCGCGAAUGGCCGGACGGUGAUAGUCAAGGACGCUUUCAUCUACAGCAACAAAGGCUUCAAAACACUCAACCAAGCGCAGCUCUUGAGCGACACCAUAUUCUACCCCGACUCCUUCGAUGCGCAGCCUUGGCUCGUAUACUUCAUAUCGCGACCCCUCAUAGGCACCUUCGAUGCGAACCCUAUAAUACCGGCUACACUAGGACCGCGACAAGAUGUGGGACCAGUUGCAGGACCGUCAGGCGCAGCGGGCCCGCCUGCAGGUGCCGGCUCGUCGAUGCCACGGAAGAAGGAGGUCAAGUCGUUCAGCGACCUGUUGAACCAUUUCCCCAUGAUCGCGCGCCAGAUGCAACCCGGUCUGGAAAGACUAUUCAGAGAGUUUGGCAAGGAGCUAGAAAAGCCCUUACCAGCGACACCAUCACAGAGAUCGCGGCGCUCGUCAAUGAGUUCACGGCGACGCGGAUCGGUAUCCUCAGCAGAGACGACGCCUUUAUCCUUGCACAGCAGCAUGUCUCACGGUCCGAAUGGCUUUGUAUCGAAUCUAGAGAUCAGCGACGAGGAGGACCAGAUGCGGAGAUCGUUGGAGACGGCAGUGACAGCGGCCAUUGAUCUCUUCCAGAUGGUGGACAAGCAGCAGCUGUCAUUACUGGGCGCGACGACCGACUUGACUGGUCCAAUUGUUGAGCGCAUGAUCGAGCGAUACAUUGCGGAGCAAGUGCACCACACAAUCCUCUUCCCACGGAUACAAGAGAUACGGCUUGUGGAAGAUAAGGACCUCGAGCGCCGCACACGACAGAUGGUGGAUAUCGAUAUAUCGCAAGUCGGAAUCGACAUUGGCCAUGGUCGCAAGGGCAAGCAAGAGCUAGCCAUACGGCUUUCGAAGGCUGUUGACAUGUUCAAGAAAAUGGGUGUCGCAGGCAGUCCGCAAGAGAUGUUGGAGAUACUCCUGGGAGUACAGAAGCACAUCACAAUGCCGGACGAAUCGCAGGCGAGGAAUAUGAUAAACGGAGAGCCAAUGUCGGAGAAGCAGGAUCAUCUUCUCACCAUCAACGCGGAUACACUCGUUUCGCUAUUGCUCAUAGUAGUUAUAAGGGCCCCAGUACGACAUCUGCAGGCGCGGCUUUCGUACAUGCGGCACUUCAUCUUCAUCGAUGAUGUCGAAAGUGGAGAGAUGGGCUAUGCGCUCAGCACGUUCGAGGCUGUCCUCUCAUACCUCACUACAGAUUCGGGCGGCCUGCGAAGAGCGAGUCGGCGGAAUAGGGCAUUGUGGCAGGCCACGAAAUCUGGUGAUCUUGCGACAAUGCAGGGCAUACUGGAGCCCGACAGGUCUUUUAACGCAGAUUUGGACAGCUUCUCAGACGGAAGCCAAACCCCGCCAAGAUAUCGCCCAGUCAGAUUUGCUGCAAGUUUAUCAGAUCUACAUUCCGUAGCAGGCACGACCUUGAACGGUGACGACGACUUCUCGUUACGACCCCGAAGCCCAUCUCGCGGAAAGAGUGCGCAUGAAGAUGGCCCUUUGGCGCAUAUCUUCCCCUUCCAGCGCGCUCAAACACCACCACUACCCGGUAGACCGAAGAUGAAGAAGAAGGUUUCUAUCACGGACACUAGGAGCAUGUCGAGUGGCUCAGCACGCUCAUACCAUUCACGGACUACCCUCGACUCCCGCGUCAGCGCCAUCGAAGGCGAUGUUUCGAUAGAAAAGCUGACCAUGACUCAAGGCCCCGAUGGCGAGUCAGUACUGAUGAUGGCGAUUGAGAAUAGACAGGACAAGGCCCUGCAAUAUCUGCUCAGUCUUACUGAGUACUAUACUCCCUCUCUCGUCUUCGAGGACUACAACAAUGAAGGCACCAAUCUGUUGAGUGCAGCCAUCCAACUGGGCCACGCCAGAACCACGGACACAAUCCUCAAUUACAUCCUGGACAACAGUCCAAGCCCUCAGGCACUGCAAGCAUAUCUUUCGAAACCAGAUGCAAAGGGUAGAUGUGUAGCGCAUUAUCUCUUCAAUCAGCCUCGACUUAUCGACCGCAUUGGACAUCUUCUUCCUUGGCGGCUGAAGGACAAGAAUGGCCAAACACCAGUGUUCGCUUUAUGUAGAUCGUAUGAUCACGACGAGUACCAUGAUAUGGUCGACAAGGCACUACUUGCCGCAACGCAAGACCAAGAUGAUGGACAACCGCUACACCUCGAUGAGCACGUCGACAACAAGGGCAACAGUCUGCUUCACAUCAUUACAGACCCUCAGCUAGCCGCAAAGCUGCUGUACCGCUGUGAUUCCGACGCCAACGCAACAAACGAUCGACAGUUCACACCACUCAUGGUAGCUAGUAAAUACGGUCGAACGGAUAUGGUACGGGUGCUCUUCCAAGACCCAAGAGUAGACCUAUCUUACAGGGACGCUCGUGGUCUCACCGCUGUAGAGCUCGCUAAGGACGACGACGUUCGGAACCGUAUCGACGACCUGGUGCUCUUGUCGAAUGAAGCCGGUCCGGAUGGCCGCACAACUACUGUUGUCCGGUCUUUCUUCGUCGAAGAUGGAACAGUACGCCUUGUGUUGAAGUCUGGAGCGCCAAACGACAACAAGACCAUCACCGUUACAACAUGUCGUAGGUCAUCACAGGACUUCGAAAACCUUGCAAAAUGGCUCGCACAGGAACACCCCGCUUCAUGGUUACCCGCCAUCCAGAAUCUAGCAUCACCAUACCUGAUACCCUCUCGACCAUCACGAUCGAUCUUACGCGACAUGCAACUCCGCCUCGACGCCUUCCUCAAGAUCCUCCUCCGCCACCCCACAUUCUCCACCCACGAAAUGGUAUGGGAGUUCUUCCUCGUCCCCGACAUCGACUCCUCGAUGCUCGCCGAGCGCUCAGCCCGCAAAGCCGAACUCCGCGUCGAGCGCCUCCGCGAAGAAUACGCGCCCAUCUACGACGUGCGCGAAGUGGAGCUCUUCGUCCAGCACAUGCGCGAAAACGUGCGCGCCCUACACCACGCCUCGCGCUCCGUCCUGCGUCGCGCAAAUAAAGUCCGCUCCGCGUCCUCGGACCUCAACGACGCUGCUAAAAUCGCUAACACAGCUCUCCACUCCCUUACCUUCCUGCCCGCCAAACACCUCAAAGCGCUAGACCGGUAUACCCAGACACUGAAACAGAGCGACGCAUCCCCCAUGUCCGGCUUCUACUACUCCAUGCACGCCAUCUCCAGCACCAUAACCGCCAUCCUAACCGCUUUAUCCCGCCCCUCCACACUCAUCACCUCCAUGUCCGCCACCCAGAAAGCAAUCGAUCGCCACAACCUCUCCGUCCGCCGCUCUGACCGCUGGCCCCUGGGUCUUCUCGACGACGCGCGCAGUCGGGUGCAGCGCGACGCCCAGGAUAAAAUGGAUAAGAGUAAGAUUGAGCUGGAGGAUUUGGGCAGGGAGUUGCGGUAUACGCAGCAGGUUGUGGCGCAGGAGUUGGCGAGUUGGCAGGAGGGUAGGGUGGAAAUGGGGAGAGGCGCGUUGAGGGAUUUGGCGCGCAGGAUGUGUGUGACUGAGAGGGCGAGGUUGGAGAGUAUGAAGAGGAGUGUUAGGGAGUUGGGGGUUGGGGUAUCGCCGAAGCCUACUUCCCCCUCUGAUCACGCUGGAUUCCCGAACGGCGGGAUGAUGAAUGGUAUGGUUAAUGGGUUGGCCAACGGUAUAAACGCCCCUCAUACUCCACUGCCUCUGGAUCUAGAAAAUCCGCUGGGAGUGCAAAGUAGACUGGUUGAUAUUACGGAUGAGGAUGUUGAGGAGGGGCCGGGUGGUGUGGAAGAUGUGGCAAGCGAGGGUGUUUUGCUGUCGAAUGGUGUGCCGCCUGCUGAGGCGUUGGUGGCGGAGCUGGAUAUUGAUGGGGAGAUGGUGGCUACGGAGAAUGGGGAUGUGGAUGGGGGUAUGGAUGGGGAUGUGGAUGGGAUUGGGGAAGUAGGUGAUGGGAAGGGGAAGGGUGUGGACUGA